CUCGGACUGCGGACAGAAAGAGAGCGUGCAGGCAGGCGGGUGAGAUAGAGAUAGCACCAUGGCUGAGGGGGGUGAAGGAGAAGAGGAGAUCCUCUUCCUUCGAACAGAUGAUGAAGUGGUUCUUCAGUGCACUACGACCAUUGUCAAAGCACAGAUUAAGCUCUGCCUUUCUGCUGAAGGAUUUGGAAAUCGGCUUUGUUUCCUUGAAGCUACAUCAAAUGCCAAGAAUGUUCCUCCAGACCUCGCAAUUUGCAGCUUUGUGCUAGAGCAGUCACUUUCUGUGCGAGCCCUGCAAGAGAUGUUGGCCAACACAGUUGAAAAGGGCAAUGAGUCUUCUCAGGGAGGAGGCCAUCGAACCCUUUUGUACGGUCAUGCUAUUCUACUCCGCCAUUCCCACAGUGGCAUGUAUUUAUGUUGUUUGACCACCUCAAGGUCUUUGACAGACAAAUUAUCCUUUGAUGUUGGGCUUCAAGAAGAUGCUUCAGGAGAAGCUUGCUGGUGGACCAUUCAUCCAGCCUCCAAACAGAGGUCUGAGGGUGAGAAAGUACGCGUUGGUGAUGAUCUCAUCCUCGUUAGUGUUUCUUCUGAAAGAUACCUGCAUUUAUCUUAUGCCAGUGGAGAUUUACAAGUGGAUGCCUCCUUUAUGCAGACUCUUUGGAAUAUGAACCCUAUCUGCUCAGGCUGUGAGCUAGCUGAAGGAUACUUGACUGGUGGGCAUGUACUGCGCCUCUUUCAUGGUCACAUGGAUGAAUGUCUCACAGUAGCAGCAUUUGAUCAAGGUGAAGAUCAGCGCAGGUUAGUUCACUAUGAAGGUGGUGCAGUGUGCAGCCAUGCAAGAUCCUUGUGGAGGUUGGAGCCAUUGCGCAUCAGCUGGAGUGGUGGCCAUAUGAAGUGGGGUCAGCCUUUCCGCAUUCGGCAUGUUACAACAGGCAAAUACUUGGGCCUGGAUGAGGAGAAAGGGCUUCUACUUUUUGAUCAAGAUGAAUCAAACACCAAAAUCACCUCAUUUUGCUUUCGUAUAUCAAAGGAUAAAAUUGAUGUUGCUCAUAAAAGAGAUGUAGAAGGCAUGGGAAUCCCUGAGAUCAAGUAUGGUGAGUCAAUGUGCUUCGUCCAACAUGUGAACAGUGGACUUUGGUUGACUUAUGCCGCGGCUGAUACCAAAACUGUCCGUUUGGGACCCUUGAAGAGGAAAGCUAUACUACACCAAGAAGGGCACAUGGACGAUGCACUUUCACUAUCUCGCUCACAACAAGAGGAAUCACAGGCCUCCCGAAUAAUCUUCAGUACAAAUGGUCUCUUCAACCAAUUCAUUAAAGGCCUAGAUAUGCUAAGUGGGAAGAAUAAAUCUUCAGCUCCAGUGACGCUACCAAUUGAUACGAUAGUGCUAAGCCUUCAAGACUUGAUCAGCUACUUCCAACACCCAGAGGAGGAGCUUGCACAUGAAGAAAAGCAAACUAAAUUGCGCUCGCUGAAAAACAGACAGAAUUUAUUCCAGGAAGAGGGCAUGAUCCAGCUGGUAUUGGAUUCCAUUGACCGACUGAAUAUGUAUAACAGUGCAGCUCAUUUCUCAGAGUUUGCAGGAGAAGAAGCAGCUGAGUCCUGGAAAGAAAUUGUUAACCUCUAUUAUGAACUGCUGGCAUCCCUCAUCCGUGGCAAUCGCAGGAACUGUGCUCUGUUCUCUGAUAAUCUAGACUGGCUAGUCAGUAAGUUAGAUCGACUGGAGGCUUCCUCAGGUAUCCUGGAAGUGCUGUACUGUGUUUUGAUUGAAAGUCCUGAGGUUCUGAACAUCAUAACAGAAAAUCACAUCAAAUCAAUCAUCUCUCUGUUGGACAAACAUGGACGAAAUCAUAAGGUGCUGGAUGUACUGCGCUCUCUUUGUGUCUGCAAUGGUGUGGCUGUACGAUCAAACCAAAAUCUUAUUACGGAGAAUUUACUUCCAGGUCGUGAUCUGCUGCUGCAAACGAAAAUGAUUAACUAUGUCACAAGCAUGAGGCCUAAUAUCUUUGUGGGUACAUGUGAAGGUUCUACACAAUACAAGAAAUGGUACUUUGAAUUGAUAGUGGAUUAUGUUGACCCAUUUUUAAUGCCACAGCCUGUUCAUCUGCGUGUGGGUUGGGCUUUAACAGAUGGUUACAGCCCUUACCCAGGAGGAGGUGAGGGCUGGGGAAGUAAUGGAGUUGGAGAUGAUUUGUAUUCCUAUGGUUUUGAUGGACUUCAUCUGUGGUCAGGACAUAUUGUCAAGACAGUUGCUUCAUCUGAUGCACACGUACUUACCGCUGAUGAUGUUGUUAGCUGCUGUCUUGAUUUGAGUGUCCCAAGUAUCUCCUUUCGGAUUAAUGGCCAUCCUGUGCAAGGCAUGUUUGAAAACUUUAACAUUGAUGGCCUCUUCUUCCCUGUGGUUAGCUUCUCUGCAGGAGUUAGGGUUCGAUUCUUACUGGGUGGUAGACAUGGAGAUUUCAAGUUCUUGCCUCCUCCUGGUUACUGUCCUUGCUAUGAAGCACUGCUGCCAAAGGAAAGAAUCCGAAUUGAACCCAUUAAGGAGUACAAGCAUGACUUUAAUGGUAUUCGAAACCUUCUAGGACCCACACAGUCACUACCACAUACUGCAUUUGCUCCCUCUCCUGUGGAUACAGCCCAGAUUGUCCUACCACCUCAUCUGGAGAGGAUACGAGAGAAAUUAGCUGAAAACAUCCAUGAACUUUGGUCUUUGACAAAGAUUGAGUUGGGUUGGACGUAUGGAAUAAUUCGAGAUGACAACAAGAAACUGCAUCCUUGUUUGGUGGAGUUUAACAAACUACCUGAGGCUGAGAGAAACUACAACUUACAAAUGUCAGGUGAAACUCUGAAAACACUAUUAGCCCUGGGUUGCCAUGUUGGAAUGGCUGAUGAAAAGGCAGAAGAGAACCUGAAGAAAAUUAAACUGGCCAAAUCGUAUCUGAUGUCAAAUGGAUACAAGCCUGCUCCGCUUGACCUUUCCCAUAUCAAACUAACUCCUGCUCAAAAUACUCUGGUGGACAAAUUGGCUGAAAAUGGUCAUAACGUCUGGGCAAGGGACCGCAUCCGUCAAGGAUGGACAUACAGUAUUUUGCAGGAUAUUGGCAACAAAAGAAAUCCUCGCCUUGUACCAUACAACCUUCUGGACGAACGUACUAAGAAAACAAACAGAGACAGUUUGAAUGAGGCUGUCCGAACCCUAAUUGGUUAUGGCUACAAUAUUGAACCCCCAGAUCAAGAAGCCACUGCCCAUGUCCCAGGUAUAAGUCGGAAUGGAAAGGUUCGGCUCUUCCGUGCUGAGAAGUCAUAUGCAGUGAAGAGUGGCAAAUGGUACUUUGAGUUUGAAGCUGUGACUGUAGGAGAAAUGAGAGUAGGAUGGGCACGACCUGAGUGCAGGCCUGAUCUACCAUUAGGAGCUGAUGAUCUUGCUUUUGUUUUUAAUGGAUUUAAGGGUCAGCGCUGGCAUGUAGGGAGUGAACCGUUUGGCCGUACGUGGCAGUCGGGUGAUGUGGUUGGUUGUAUGAUUGACCUACAUGAAAUGAACAUCAUGUUCACACUUAAUGGAGAGAUGCUCAUCAGAGACUCUGGCUCUGAGUUGGCUUUCAAAGACAUUGAAAUAGGCGAUGGGUUCGUUCCUGUGUGCAGCCUGGGCCUUUCUCAAGUCGGACGUAUUAACCUGGGCCAAGACGUUAGUAGCCUGAGGUAUUUCACCAUAUGUGGUUUGCAAGAAGGCUUUGAACCCUUCGCUGUAAAUAUGAAACGGCCCAUCACAAUGUGGUUCAGCAAAAGUUUGCCUCAGUUUGUUCCAGUUCCCACUGACCACAGUCAUGUUGAGGUUACUAGAAUUGAUGGAACAGUUGACAGCCCUCCUUGCUUGAAAGUUUCUCAUAAAACACUUGGGUCUCAGAACAGCAAUACUGACAUGCUGUUCUUGCGCCUCAGCCUGCCCGUUGAGUUCCAUGAUACAUUCAAGUGCACCCCUGGCACUACACCAUUGACCAGAAUGACAAUUCCAGAAGAAGAAGUUGAAGAUAUUGACGUGGAUUCAGAGUUUGAAGUUCUGAGAAAAUCAGCUAGUCGGACACCAACUGAAACACCGACCAAUGAAAAGGAUGCCCCUAAGGAAGCACCCAAGGAGUUGGCCAAGACUGAAAAUGACAAGGAUUCCUCCUCUGAGAAAAGUAAACCAAAAUCAAGGUUCCUAUUCAAAAAGAAACCUGCCUUUAUUGCUCCGCCUCCAGUUAUACCGACUGUCCCUCGCCUGAUGGAGGAUGUUGUGCCUGAUGACAGGGAUGACCCUGAGAUUAUUUUGAACACAACAACGUAUUACUAUUCUGUGAGAAUAUUUGCUGGACAGGAACCAGGAGGAGUGUGGGUUGGUUGGGUAACCCCUGACUUUCAUCAACAUGAUGGCAAUUUUGAUCUAACUAAAGUUCGCACAGUAACUGUCUCAGUGGGAGAUGAUCAAGGCAAAGUCCAUGACAGUAUCAAGCGCAGCAACUGUUACAUGGUUUGGGGAGGUGAAUUUAGCAAUUCCCAGCAAGCGAGCCGCAGUAAUGUUGAUCUGGAGGUUGGCUGCCUUGUUGAUUUAGCUACUGGUCUCAUGACGUUCACUGCUAAUGGAAAAGACAUCAACACCUAUUACCAGGUUGAACCAAGUAAGAAGUUAUUCCCUGCAGUCUUUGUUCAGCCUUCCAGCCAGAAUAUGUUCCAAUUUGAGCUUGGAAAGCUGAAGAAUAUUAUGCCUAUUUCAGCAGCUAUGUUUAAGAGCGAGCGAAAGAACACCAUCCCUCAGUGUCCUCCCAGACUUGACGUCCAAAUGAUCACACCAGUAGUAUGGAGUCGGGUGCCUAAUGAUUUUUUGAAAGCGGAAACUGCACGGAUCAGUGAACGGCAUGGCUGGAUGGUAGAAUGCUCAGAACCACUUGUCAUGAUGGCACUGCAUAUUCCAGAGGAGAACAGGUGUAUUGACAUCUUGGAGCUUUCUGAACAUAAAGACCUGUUGCAAUUCCAUUAUCACACAUUACUACUAUAUUGCGCAGUGUGUGCAUUGGGCAACAACCGGGUUGCCCAUGCCAUAUGUAGCCAUGUUGAUGAAUUUCAGUUACUUUACACGAUUGAGAACACCUAUAUACCAGGCCUCCUGCGAAGUGGCUAUUAUGAUCUACUUAUCAGUGUCCAUCUAGAGUCAGCUAAACGAUCGCGACUAAUGAUGAAUAAUGAGUUUAUUGUCCCAAUGACUGAAGAAACUAAACAAAUUACAUUGUUCCCAGGAGAGAGCAAGGUUUAUGGCCUGCCUGGUGUAGGAGUUACCACAUGCUUGAGACCACCUCUACAUUUUGCCUCUUUAUCUUUUGUUGGCACCAGUAAUGAUCGUUACCAGUUCAGUCCUGAGAUCCCACUGGACAUUCUCAAAAACAAAGCUAUUAACAUGCUGACAGAGGCUGUCCAAGAUGGUGGGCAGCACACAAGGGAUCCAGUGGGCGGAAGUGUGGAAUUUCAGUUUGUGCCAGUACUCAAACUUGUCAGCACUCUCCUCAUUAUGGGGAUCUUUGAUGAUGAAGACGUUAAGCACAUACUUAAGAUGAUUGAACCUAAUGUGUUUGCUGAGGAUGAAGAAGUACCAACUGCUGAGGAAGAAGGGGAAGCAGAAGAAGCUGGAGAGAAAGGAGAGAAAGAUGAACAUGAAGAGGUAGAAGAGCCCAAAGAGGACAGGUCUGUGGAAGAAGGCGAAGAAACGAAGGAGGAAGAACUAGAGGAGGGACUUUUGCAGAUGAAACUGCCCGAGUCUGUAAAAUUACAAAUGUGCAAACUUUUGCAAUUCUUCUGUGACUGUGAACUUCGACACCGAGUUGAAUCAAUUGCUUCGUUAGCUGAUAAAUUUAUCAAUAAUAUGCAAACAGAUCAGAGGGAACGCUACCGAGAGCUCAUGUUCUCUUUUAACAUGUCCGCAGCCGAAACUGCCAGAAAAACCAGGGAAUUCCGUUCACCCCCUCAAGAGCAGAUUAACAUGCUAAUGAAUUUUAAAUUGGAGACAGAUGAAGAGGAAUGCCCUCUUUCAGAUAAUGUGAAAGAUGUGCUGCUCAAUUUCCACAGCAAACUUCUUACUCAUUGUGGUAUUCAGAUAGAAGAAGAGGAGGAAGAGGAAGAAACGGAUACGUCGCUCAAAGGCCGCUUUCUAAAUCUUGUUGAGAAAGUCAAGGGUUUAAGAAAGAAGAAAGAGGUUGAGGAUACUCCAGCUGAAGAAGAGAAGAUCCCCAGUACACUACAGGAGCUGAUCUCUCAUACAGUAGUGCAUUGGGCCCAAGAAGCCUACAUCCAGAACCCAGAACUUGUGCGUUUGAUGUUCAGCUUGCUCCACAGACAGUAUGAUGGUGUUGGUGAGCUUAUCCGUGCUAUGCCUAAGGCAUACGUCAUUAAUGCUACAUCUGUGGAGGACACAAUGAAUUUGCUAGAAUGCCUGGGCCAGAUCCGUUCACUGCUUAUUGUCCAAAUGGGUCCAGAGGAAGAGAGGCUCAUGAUUCAGAGCAUUGGAAACAUUAUGAACAAUAAAGUCUUCUAUCAACAUCCAAACUUAAUGCGUGCUUUGGGCAUGCAUGAAACUGUAAUGGAAGUAAUGGUGAAUGUAUUGGGAGGUGGUGAUUCAAAGGAGAUACGGUUUCCCAGGAUGGUUACAAAUUGCUGCCGUUUCCUGUGCUAUUUCUGUCGCAUCAGUCGCCAGAAUCAGAGAGCUAUGUUUGACCAUUUAAGCUACCUACUAGAUAAUAGUGGUAUUGGGCUCGGUAUGAGGGGAUCCACUCCUCUCGAUGUUGCAGCUGCUUCGUGCAUUGACAAUAAUGAACUUGCCUUGGCUUUGCGGGAACCUGAUCUGGAAAAGGUGGUGACAUACCUGGCAGGGUGUGGACUACAAAGCUGCCCUAUGCUUCUGGCAAAAGGGUAUCCAGACAUUGGAUGGAACCCUGUUGGAGGAGAGCGUUAUCUGGACUUUUUGCGGUUUGCUGUAUUCGUUAAUGGAGAAAGUGUAGAAGAAAACGCCAAUGUUGUUGUGCGUUUAUUGAUCCGUCGCCCUGAAUGCUUUGGACCAGCCCUAAGGGGUGAAGGUGGGAGUGGCUUGCUAGGAGCCAUUGAGGAUGCCAUCAAGAUUUCUGAGGACCCUGCCCGUGAUGGACCAACAGUCAAGAAAGAUCGUAGACGGGAACUGUUUAGUGAAGAGGUCCAUGAAGAGAAUCGCGUCCAUCUGGGUAAUGCCAUCAUGUCUUUCUACUCUGCACUGAUUGACCUGUUGGGCCGAUGUGCUCCAGAGAUGCAUCUGAUCCAGGCUGGAAAAGGUGAAGCAUUGCGAAUCCGAGCAAUCCUGCGAUCCCUGGUUCCCAUUGAAGAUUUGGUUGGUGUUAUUAGUUUGCCUCUACAAAUACCUGCUUUUGGAAAAGAUGGUAACCUUGUUGAACCUAAAAUGUCAGCCAGCUUUGUUCCUGAUCAUAAGGCUCCCAUGGUGCUGUUCCUGGAUCGAGUCUAUGGGAUAGAAAAUCAGGAUUUUCUCCUUCAUGUACUGGAGGUUGGCUUCUUACCUGAUAUGAGAGCUGCUGCAUCCUUGGAUACUGUUGCUUUCAGUACCACUGAGAUGGCGCUCGCUUUGAAUCGCUACCUCUGUACUGCAGUCCUCCCUCUGAUAACUAAAUGUGCGCCACUGUUUGCUGGAACGGAGCAUCGAGCCAUUAUGAUUGAUUCCAUGCUGCACACCAUUUACCGACUGUCCAGGGGCCGUUCCCUAACUAAGGCACAGAGAGACGUGAUUGAAGCGUGCCUCAUGGCAUUGUGCAGCUACCUCCGCCCAUCAAUGCUGCAACACUUACUCCGUCGACUGGUGUUUGAUGUACCAAUAUUAAAUGAAUAUGCCAGGAUGCCAUUAAAGUUGCUAACAAAUCAUUAUGACAGAUGUUGGAAAUACUACUGUCUUCCAUCCGGAUGGGCGAAUUAUGGUGUGACAUCUGAGGAAGAACUCCAUCUAACUCGUAAACUGUUCUGGGGAAUCUUUGAGUCAGUUUCACAGAAGAAAUAUGAUACUGAUUUAUUCAAGGCCGUGAUGCAGUGUCUGUGUGCAAUAGCUGGUGCGCUGCCACCAGAUUAUGUUGAUGCCAGCUAUUCCUCCAAGGUCGAGAAAAAAGCUUCAGUGGAUGCAGAAGGCAACUUUGACCCUAAACCCGUCGACACAAUGAAUGUAAUAAUUCCUGAAAAGCUGGACCCUAUUAUCAACAAGUAUGCGGAGUAUACACACGAUAAAUGGGCUUUUGAGAAGAUACAAAAUAACUGGACUUAUGGUGAAACUAUUGAUGAAGAAGCCCAGACCCAUCCAUGGUUAAGACCAUAUAAAACAUUCUCUGAAAAGGACAGGGAAAUUUAUAGAUGGCCAAUCAAAGAAUCUCUCAAAGCUAUGAUUGCCUGGGAAUGGACGAUUGAAAAAGCAAGCGAGGGAGUGGAAAAGAGUGAGAAAGGAGAGAAAAAAACCCGUAAAAUUUCCCAAUCCACCCAGGUUGUCUAUGAUCCUAGUCAUGGAUACAAUCCACAACCCCCUGAGCUGCUGAACAUGACAUUGUCUCGUGAAUUGCAGUCGAUGGCAGAGCAACUUGCAGAAAAUUACCACAACACAUGGGGUCGUAAGAAGAAGCUGGAAUUGCAAGCUAAAGGUGGUGGAACCCAUCCACUUUUGGUUCCAUAUGACACACUAACUGCUAAAGAGAAAGCUCGAGACAGGGAGAAAGCUUACGAAUUGCUCAAAUUUUUGCAAAUGCAAGGCUAUGCUGUAACAAGAGGUUUGAAGGACAUGGAACUGGACACAUCCUCAAUUGAGAAGAGAUUCGCCUAUGGUUUUCUGAAGAAAUUGCUGCAAUGGUUGGACAUAGCUCAAGAGUUUGUUGCACAUAUAGAGGCUGUUGUAAGCAGUGGAAGAGUUGAGAAAUCACCCCAUGAGCAGGAAAUCAAGUUCUUUGCAAAGAUUUUACUCCCUUUGAUAAAUCAGUACUUCAAGAAUCAUUGCUUAUACUUCCUUUCUACUCCAGCUCAACUCUUGGGCAGUGGAGGACAUUCCUCAAACAAAGAGAAGGAAAUGAUAGCCAGUAUCUUCUGCAAACUCGCAGCCUUGAUCAGACAUAGAGUCUCCCUCUUUGGUACUGAUGCUCCUGCAGUUAUAAACUGUUUGCAUAUCUUGGGAAGAUCUUUAGAUGCCAGGACUGUAAUGAAAUCUGGUCCUGAAAUUGUGAAAGCAGGUCUGCGGUCAUUUUUUGAAGGAGCCUCCGAAGAUAUUGAGAAAACUGUGGAGAAUCUGAAGCUUGGCAAAGUCUCUCAGAGUCGAACACAAGUGAAAGGAGUUGCUCAGAAUGUCAAUUACACCACAGUGGCUCUUUUGCCUGUACUAACCUCACUGUUUGAUCACUUGGCACAGCAUCAGUUCGGAGAUGAUAUCAUAUUGGACGACGUUCAAGUCUCUUGCUACCGAAUCUUGUCUAGUAUUUAUUCUCUUGGAACCACAAAGAACACAUAUGUGGAAAGACAGCGUCCCUCCCUGGGCGAAUGCCUUGCCCGACUUGCAGCUGCUAUGCCAGUGGCCUUCCUUGAGCAUCAUCUAAAUGAUCAUAAUGUAUGCUCAGUUUACAAUACUAAGACAGCACGGGAGAGAGCCAUUUUGGGUUUGCCAAGCAGUGUUCAUGAAAUGUGUUCCGAUAUUCCUGACUUGGACUAUCUCAUGAAAGAAAUUAAUGAUCUCGCAGAAUCUGGUGCUCGUUACACUGAGAUGCCACAUGUUAUUGAAAUUACACUUCCUAUGCUGUGUAACUACCUGCCACGGUGGUGGGAACGUGGAUGUGAGAAUAUUACCGAUGAAAACACAGUAUGCUGCACUAGUGUGACCUCUGAGCAUCUUAAUGCCCUUCUGGGAAAUAUUCUGAAAAUCAUAGUUAACAACUUGGGCAUUGAUGAAGCAUCCUGGAUGAAAAGACUUGCAGUCUUUGCACAACCAAUUAUCAGCAAAGCCAAACCAGAGUUGCUGAAAUCCCAUUUUAUCCCAACGAUGGAAAAGUUAAAGAAGAGAUCAUCGAAGGUGGUAGCUGAAGAGGAUCAACUGCGUAUGGAGGGCAAGGGUGACAUUGUGGAGAGCGAAUUACUAAUUCGAGAUGAAUUUUCUGUCCUCUGUCGAGAUUUGUAUGCAUUGUAUCCUCUGCUGAUUCGCUAUGUGGACAAUAAUAGGGCACAAUGGUUAACAGAACCAAACCCUGAUGCUGAAGAGCUCUUCAGAAUGGUGGGAGACAUCUUCAUAUUGUGGUCAAAGUCGCAUAAUUUCAAACGAGAAGAGCAGAACUUCGUGGUGCAAAAUGAAAUCAACAACAUGUCAUUUCUCACUGCAGACAGCAAAAGCAAGAUGUCUAAGUCUGGAGGGUCAGACCAAGAAAGAACAAAAAAGCAGAAAAGAGGGGACCGUUACUCCGUUCAGACAUCACUGAUUGUAGCAACCCUUAAAAAAAUGCUUCCUAUUGGCUUGAACAUGUGUUCACCUGCUGAUCAAGAGUUGAUUAACAUAGCCAAAACAAGAUAUGCCCUGAAAGAUACAGAUGAAGAAGUAAGAGAGUUUCUUCAGGGCAACCUCCACUUGCAAGGAAAGUGUGAAAAUUCUUCAGCUAUGCGAUGGCAGAUGGCAUUGUACAAGGACAUGGCUGGCAAGGCUGAAGACAGCAAUAACCCUGACAAGAUUGUGAAAAGAGUGCAAGAAGUCUCUGCUGUCCUGUUUCACUUGGAGCAGAUAGAACAUCCUUUCAAGUCCAAGAAGAUGGUUUGGUACAAGCUCUUGUCCAAGCAGCGCAGAAGAGCUGUGGUAGCAUGUUUCAGAAUGACUCCACUGUAUAACUUACCAAGGCACCGCGCAUCUAACCUCUUCAUCGAAAGUUACAGAAAUACCUGGAUUGACACCGAGGAGCAUUCGUUUGAAGAUAAACUAAUAGAUGAUCUGGCUAAAUCAGCUGAAGAGGAAGAGGAGGAAGAAGAAACAGAAGAGACAAAACCUGAUCCACUCCAUCAGUUGAUUUUACACUUUAGCCGUACUGCUCUGACUGAGAAAAGCAAACUAGAAAUGGACCAUCUCUACAUGUCAUAUGCUGAUAUCAUGGCAAAGAGUUGUCAUCUUAAAGAGGAAGGUGGUGAGGAAGAAGAUGAAGAAGCUGUAGAACUAACCUUUGAAGAAAAGGAGAUGGAGAAGCAAAGACUCCUGUACCAGCAAUCCAGAUUGCACAGCCGGGGAGCUGCUGAGAUGGUUCUGCAAAUGAUCAGUGCAUGCAAAGGUGAGCCAGGCGUAAUGGUUUCCUCAACCCUGAAACUUGGUAUUUCCAUUCUGAAUGGUGGUAACUGUGAGGUUCAGCAGAAAAUGCUAGACUACCUGAAAGAGAAAAAGGACAUUGGUUUCUUCCAAAGCGUACAAGUUCUCAUGCAAACCUGCAGCGUGCUCGACCUCAAUGCUUUUGAAAGACAGAAUAAGGCUGAAGGUCUAGGCAUGGUCACAGAAGAUGGAACCAUCAUCAAACGUGAAAGUGGUGAGAAGGUGAUGUCAGACGAUGAAUUUACUCAAGAUCUUUUCAGGUUCCUACAGUUGCUCUGUGAAGGACACAACAAUGAUUUCCAGAAUUACCUUCGAACUCAAACAGGUAAUACCACAACUAUCAACAUCAUAAUCUGCACUGUCGACUACCUGCUUCGUCUACAGGAAUCCAUCAGUGAUUUCUAUUGGUACUACUCUGGGAAGGAUGUUGUUGAUGAACCCGGAAAAAGGAACUUCUCCAAGGCCAUGGCAGUAGCUAAACAAGUGUUUAACAGCCUUACUGAAUAUAUUCAGGAUUCUAGCCAGAUUGAAUUGUUGAAGGAGCUCCUGGACUUACAGAAAGACAUGGUAGUGAUGCUGCUUUCAUUACUGGAAGGAAAUGUUGUGAACGGCACUAUUGCUAAACAAAUGGUGGACAUGUUGGUGGAGUCCUCUAGUAAUGUUGAAAUGAUCCUGAAGUUUUUUGACAUGUUCCUGAAACUGAAGGACAUUGUGGCAUCUGAUGCAUUCAAAGAUUAUGUGACUGAUCCCAGAGGGCUUAUCUCAAAGAAGGAUUUCCAUAAGGCCAUGGAUAGCCAGAAGCAAUACACACCUUCUGAGAUCCAGUUCUUACUAUCAUGCUCAGAAGCAGAUGAGAAUGAGAUGAUAAACUAUGAAGAAUUUGCAAACCGAUUCCAAGAACCAGCCAAAGAUAUUGGUUUUAACAUAGCUGUGUUACUCACAAACCUAUCUGAACAUGUGCCUCAUGACACAAGGCUGCAAAACUUCUUGGAAUUGGCAGACAGCAUCCUCACCUAUUUCCAGCCUUACUUAGGCCGCAUUGAGAUCAUGGGUGCCAGUAAGAGAAUAGAGCGUAUUUACUUUGAGAUUAGUGAGGCCAAUAAAACUCAAUGGGAGAUGCCUCAAGUCAAAGAAUCUAAGCGACAGUUUAUAUUUGAUGUCGUGAACGAAGGUGGGGAAUCUGAAAAGAUGGAACUCUUUGUCAACUUCUGUGAGGAUACCAUCUUUGAAAUGCAAAUUGCUUCAAAGAUCUCUGAAACAGAUGAGGGGGAAAAGUCAGAAGAUGAAGAGGAGGAAGGGGAGAACAUUGAGGUGAUAGAGGCUGAAAAAAUCACUUCUCCAGCUGAGACACCAUCUGCCUUUGCAGCAUUCAUUAGCAGUGUUGCUGACUUUUUAAAAAUAUUCACCUUCAAAAAUAUCAGAAAAAAAUACCGCAAAAUAAAGAAGAUGACAAUUAAAGAGAUGGUGAUGGCCCUGGUGACCUUCUUUUGGACUUUGUUCAUUGGCAUUUUACAAUUUAUCUAUAGCAUCUGCAGUGGUUUCUUUAUGAUAGUAUGGAAUACCUUGUUUGGAGGUGGUUUAGUUGAAGGGGCCAAACAUCUGACAGUCACUGAACUCCUGGCUAGUAUGCCUGAUCCUACUCAGGAUGAAGUUCACGCUGACCUUCCUGACAUUAGUAAGACAGAAGUUGAGGAAACGACUGUGCAGUCAGAGUUUGAAGACCAAGCUAAAGAAGAGGAAACAUCUGAGAAGCCUGAUACAAAGAGAGAAAGUGGCCAGUUAAGGAUGUGCUCACCAGAAUCCAACCUGGGACUUGGUGAUAUUGUGGAGUCCACACCUGUUGAACCUCCAACCCCCGAGGGAACACCACCAAGUUUCAGAAAAGUGAGGCAACAGAUUGAAUCUCAGCUAGAACCCAAGGUAGAAGAUCAACUCAAGGCUGAAGCUGAGAAAGCGGACUCUGAGAAUGGUGAAAAGGCUGAGAAGGAUAUGAAAGAGAAAGAAGUGCUCGAACAAGCAGAAGGAGCAGGGGAAAAGGCAGAAGGGGAAGGAGAAAAGGCAGAAGCAGGAGAGAAGGAAACAGGAGAAGGACAAAAGGCAAAAGGAGAAAAAGAGGAGGGAGAAGAAAAAGAAGAAUCUGCUACACCAGCAAGAAAGAUGAGGAAGAAAGCUAAGCAGGAGAGCAAAAAGGAGGAACCAGAGGCAGUAAUGGAGUUCUGGAACGAGUUUGAGAAUUACAAGACUAAGCUCCUGAAUUACUUGUCAAGGAAUUUCUACAACCUCCGCUUCCUGGCUUUGUUUGUGGCAUUUGCAAUCAACUUUAUCCUCCUCUUCUACAAGGUGACACAACUCGAAGAUGAAGAAGACUUGGAGGGACCAGGCUUUGAGGAUGAUAUGGUUAGCGUUGGUUUUGGAAAUGGAAAUGGAAAUGGUGAUGAAGAGGAAGAAGAGGACGAUGAAGAUUCAUUGGUUUACUUUGUCCUUGAGGAAAGUACAGGUUAUAUGGCGCCAACACUGAAAGCCCUCUCCAUUCUUCACACUCUCCUGUCUUUUCUCUGCAUUAUCGGGUAUAACUAUUUGAAGGUUCCUUUGGUCAUCUUCAAACGGGAGAAGGAGCUUGCCAGGAAAUUGGAAUUUGAUGGUUCGUACAUUACAGAACAACCUGCAGACGAUGAUAUUAAAGGGCAGUGGGAUCGGCUAGUACUGAAUACACCGUCAUUCCCAAAUAACUAUUGGGACAAGUUUGUCAAAAGAAAGGUACUAGAUAAGUAUGGUGAUAUCUAUGGCAGAGAGCGUAUUGCAGAGCUACUUGGAAUGGAUAUGAGUGCCUUGGAUGUGACUGUGCCUCAGGAGAAAAAACCAGCAACUGACAACUCUGUGCUUUCAUGGAUCACAUCCUUAGACAUCAAAUACCAAAUAUGGAAGUUUGGGGUGAUUUUCACUGAUAACUCUUUCCUAUAUCUCUGCUGGUACAUGGUAAUGUCUGCCCUUGGACAUUACAACACCUUCUUCUUUGCUGCUCACCUUCUGGACAUUGCAAUGGGUGUCAAGACCCUUCGCACCAUCCUAUCUUCUGUAACUCACAAUGGAAAGCAGCUGAUGAUGACUGUGGGCCUGCUGGCUGUUGUUGUGUACCUCUACACAGUAGUGGCUUUCAACUUCUUCCGCAAAUUUUACAACAAGAGUGAGGAUGAAGAUGAUCCAGACAUGAAGUGUGAUGACAUGAUGACAUGUUACCUCUUCCACAUGUACGUCGGUGUACGAGCUGGUGGCGGUAUUGGUGAUGAGAUUGAAGACCCAGCAGGGGAUGAGUAUGAACUCUACCGCGUUGUCUUUGACAUUACCUUCUUCUUCUUUGUCAUUGUUAUCCUCCUGGCUAUCAUCCAAGGUUUGAUUAUUGACGCUUUUGGUGAGCUGAGAGAUCAGCAGGAGCAAGUGAAAGAGGACAUGGAGACCAAAUGCUUCAUUUGUGGAAUUGGCAGUGACUACUUUGACACAACGCCACACGGGUUUGAAACACACACUUUGGAGGAGCACAAUUUAGCAAAUUAUAUGUUCUUCCUAAUGUACCUGAUUAACAAAGAUGAAACAGAGCACACAGGUCAGGAAUCCUACGUUUGGAAAAUGUACCAGGAACGAUGCUGGGAUUUCUUUCCUGCUGGUGACUGUUUCCGGAAGCAAUAUGAAGAUCAGCUAGGAUAAAGGCGUCUGUAGAACACAAUGACUGUCAGAAUAUUGCACUUGUAAUGACCUUUGAAUUUUACCUGGUUCCUUGCUAAAGUUUGUGAAUUGUGUGUCACUGCUUUUUGCUGUGAGACAAAUGUUUGUAAAAAAAAAGAUAAAUACCUAAAGUGAAUUUUAUUAUAUACACAGUUUUUUUUUAAACAAAGUACCUGGACCGGUCUUGAUUGCAUAUGAAAACUGGACAUUGCUGCUUUUGCACACUCGAACCAGUUAAUGAGCCUUGAUAUAGAUUUGUACUUUAGUAUACUAAUGAAAAGCCUGGAUAAAUAUUUUGUCUAAGAUUUUUGUGAAUGGGAAAAAAGGUUGAAAAUAAGUGCCUUAGUCCUAUCCUGUAAUAAGUUAUAUUGAACGAAGGCCUUUUUAUCUUUUCUGUUCUGCUAGUAAGGAGUUAACCCAUUUCUGCAAAUUUUAGUAGCCUAGUCAGAGCCAUAAUAGCUGCAUCCAACUUUCAACACUUCAGUACUGACCACUGCAAUCGCUAUUAAAUUUCAAACAGUUGUUUUGUGCUUGCAAUAUUAUUAAUCAUAAUGAUUUUUGGUGGAGUUCCCAAAACCUAAUUACUGUCAUCAAAAGACGUGCUAACUAGGGCAGGAAAUAUUUUCUGAAAAGUAGUAGGAAUAAUAAGAUAUCUUAAACUCCUCUACCUAAAAGUUCCUGUCUGGACAUGUUUUCCAUCACAUCCUAAGCACUUGUUUAUAACGGUUAGCAAAAACAGUCACAAAUACCAAAACUGAUAGUAAAAGUUCACCCUCAUGAAGGCUCGAAUAUAUUUUUUAAUACAUUUUGAAAAUGUAUGCUCCAAGUUUAAGUAUUACAUUGGAUUCCUGGAAAAAGAAAAGGUUGAAAUGAUUAUUAUAACCAAUUUACCCUGUGAAGGUAUCUUUAAUCAAGUGUUUAUUUAAUUUGCUAUUUGUGUUUGCUCAUCUUUUCUCAGUUUAUGUUCUGCUUAAUGUUAGUUGUUGUCACAGUUUCAUCUUGUAUAUGAGAAGGGUAUAAGAGUUCUUGAGCAGCCUGCUAACAAGUAAUCAUACCAUGCAUUCUGAAUCUGGGAUAGGUACAGUUAAUGCUUUCUUGGUACACCUUUCAAAAGCAGCUGCAAAGGUUCCUUUUUCCUGAUUGCUUCAGAAGGAAUGAUAACUAUAGCACUUAAAAACCCAGCUCUGAUUUCCAAUUUUCAUUCAAACUGACUUUUCUCCAAGGAUCAGAAUACAGACUUUUUACCCCAAGUGAUGUGUUUACUUCGAAUUAAACAUUUGUGAAUCCCUUGACUGUUCCUCUCUAAACAUUAAAGCUGUUCAGGAACAGCACAUGAGGACAUUCCUCAAACAACCUAUUCAAGUAAACCCAAUUUAAAGUUUAUUUUUGUUAAAAAGGAAAGCAUUUAUAUGCUGAAAAUGAUGAAUUAUAGAAAAGCUCAUGCAAACUGACUGAUAUUAAUGCACUUCACAAAUAAGGCUAAACUAUCCAUCUGUGGCCUUUCCUGUACAUUAUCCAUGUUCAGUCCUUCAGGUUAUGUUGGAGAAACGUGAAAAUAGUGUAGGUUGAAUUAAUGUGAAUGCACCUACGUUGGCAAAUAAAAACCAACUUGCUUAAA